UCCAAAUACAUAUUGUUAUGUAAUAUUAUGCAGAACUUUGGUAUUUUAACGCCGUUUUAUUUUGCACUUCGAUAUUUUCAAUUGAAAGUUAUUCAAGUUAAAUUCAGCGAAUUUUAUCAAAUUUUCCUAAAUAUAAAAUGGUAAAAUUUUGUCGGUUUACACGAAAUCUGCUUUUGACAAAUUUGGGUAUCCGAAUAAUUGAAGAAACCGCUCAUUUCUCUUUUAAAGCAUGCUGAGUGCUAUAUAUAUAUUCUGAUUGACAUGCGUCAUAUAGAUGUAUCCGUGGCAACUAAGAACGCAUGGUGCAACACUUGCUAUCUGCAACCGAAAAGUGACAGUAGUUAUCUCGAAAAUAGAACAAGAUAUCGUCGAAGAAAUUAUGUGACAAAAGUUGAGAAAUAUUUUUUCGAAAUAAUGAUUGCAAGCCACAAUAUAUAAUUUCUCACCCUCUCUCUAUAUAUAAUUACAUAUACAAUUGUACAGAAAUCAUUUUCUUACGACCAAUUUUGUACUUAUUAUAGCUUUUUUUACAUGAUCAACUUAUAUAGCAUUAAUUUUCACUGCCCAACGUGAUUUUGUAAAAGUGAUGUGUAAUCAAUUCAUCGAUCAAGAUCUCUUAAUCAGAUAAAAAAAGAUUUGCGAAGAGAUAAUUCACUUAAAUAAAUAUUGAAAACGCAAUCUCGUGCACGAAAUAGGAUUAAUUAAUGGGAUUAUCUCAACAUAAUCUUAAGAACGCUAACGCUUAAGAAAAUCUUUGAAUAAGUGCCGACUCAGAAGAAAAAAAUAUCAUUAAGGAUAUCCCGGUGCAAUCAGCGACGCAUGGAUACUAAUUACAGAGCAAAUAUCGCAAAGUGGCUGCCGCUUUAUGAUGACCUCCUUGACCAAUGGCUAGUGGAUGCUUCUCUUCUAGACAAGAAAAUCGGAAAGCUCGCAGGAUGCAUAGCUUUAAUCAUCGAGGACUUGACAGAGGCUCGGGCUUGCGAUCUGGAGGUGUUCGAAGAAGUGAUAGAAAACUUGGAGGAAUUAAUAAAAAAUUAUGAAUUGAUAUGCAAGUCGGGGGAGUUAAGCAACCAUGUGAUAUAUAAAUAUAAAAUGAAUCAUCUGUCUUUAAUAUUAAAGCGCAAGCUCAAUGUGGUCGCGAAAUUUACCCAAGAUUUAAUUACUGAUAUAGUCGAUUAUAAAAGUGAAGAAAAUAUAAGAAUAGUGUUUAGAUUAGUAAAUGCUUACAACAGCAUGCUCGAUAUGGAUCGAAACGUAUCGGACGCAUCUGUCAAUGUGUUCUACAACGAUUGCCCGUCCAUGUUGGAGCCGUUGAAAAAAAUUUCCGUGACCAGAAUAUUGCAAAUAUUAGCGAAAAACAGAGCGGAGGAAUCAUGUCACGAACUUAUCGAUUGUCUUUUAGCAAAUUACGAACCUCGUGAAAAAAUGGAGUCAUCUACAACGAAUGACGUAGACGUUUCAGAAAACUCCAGCAUCGAGAUUUACCGUGCUCUUACGAGGCAUUUAACGCCACCAAUCGUAAGUGCGACAUCGACAUCCGAAAUAGAGACAUCCAAUAUCGAAAGCGUGCAGACAAUUGUAAAUACGCAGAAUGAGCAGGUCCUUAAACUUUUAAAUAUUGUGCAAGAGAUCUCACCACAACUGCUUGGCACGGAUGCUUUAAAAAUCUGCAAGGGUGAAACAAGAUUAAGAGGCAGCGCGAUAAAGAAAGUAAAAAACUACUAUCAGGAGGUUGCAUGGGGUGCAUUGUCCAGUAUUUUGGAUCAUGUGAUACUGUGGUGGUCCCGAGAAGCCCUUGCAACUCACCACAGUCAUGGUGCUCAGCAUCUCAAGGAUUGGUUGCGACAAUUCAUUCAAGGAAACGAAAUUCCACCUACAGUCAGAUCAGCAUUGCAGACUUUAUGCGACGCACUUGGAUAUUACACAACUAUCACUGCCUGGGAUCAAAUGUUUAGACUAGCUUAUACCUCGGCUUUCGAAUGCCGUUCAAAACCAUCGUCGAUGGAGGGAACCGAUACGGGUCAAAUGUUCGUUGAAGUGUUCCAUUCGUUAGUUACCCUCAGCAACGAAUGCGAGAUCGGCGGCGAAUGGGUGAUAGGUGCGCCCUUGAUAGAGUUGCCAUUAUCAGAGCAGAUCGUUGUGCUACAUAGGAUGGAUCAUUCAGUGCACACAGCGAGGUUGUGGGCUAUUCAGGAGGCCAAAAUUAUAGCCCAUACCUGGGACCUUGAUGUGUUUUUCUUGCUGGUUAAGGGUGACAUAGUAAACUGCCUUGAAGAGUUAUCUUAUCUCAAGCUCGCCGAUCACACAACUGCAUUGUCUUCGGAUUCUAUUAGCGUUCAAGUAUAUGUGUGUACGAAGAUGCGGGCGAAAAUCGUUUCCGAAGUCAAGGCGAAUAUUGAAUUGCUUCAGAUUUGUCCCGUUAAAUGUAUCGACACGCUUGCCAAGAUUUGUCGCGUAAUCAGUCUCGCGAAUUUGCAUAUGUGCUUUCCACAAUCGAAUUAUUGGAGAAGGAACAGCAGCGUACCUCCGGUCACUGCCAGUCUUUAUGUGGAAGCUUAUUUUGAAAAGGUAUUGCUACCAGUGUUGGAAGUAAUAGAGGAUCACGAAACAUCAAACAUGAUUCUACGAAUAAUGUGCGAGGCAUGGCUCGAUUAUAUCUAUCUGCAUCGCAUUAAGUUUAGCGAAUAUGGGGCAUAUCAAUUGUUGACGGAUUUCGCGCACGUAUCGACAUGGGUUACAGAAUGUUCGAUCAUUUCGCAAAACGUCCGGAAUCACUUGUUGAAGAAUGAGGUCUUGCGCCGUUGCGAGGGCGUUGGACGACUUCUCUUGAGACACCCGGGCGAAGCUAUCGCUAUGCGUAAACGAUUAGCUCGGAGAACGAACGAGCACGGGUCGCCUGAAUCUCCAAAUCUAGAAUGUAUGCCAGCCGAAAUGUACGUUCCGAAUCAAGAACAAUGGCUUGAAUUGCGCGCUCCUAAGCGAUACAAUUUUUGCUGUACGGAAUAAAAAAAAAUAAACGAUAAAUAUCGAUGUUCUAACUGUUACAUAUAUUUUUUUAAAAUUAUUUUCAAAUUAUUUGAAUGCACAAAAAUUUGUUGUAUUAAAAAUAUUUUUU